AUGCAGUCGCAGCACAGCGUCUGGCAUGGUCCGCAACUGCAGCACAUGCACCCCUCCUGGGCGCCAGACUGGCAGCACAUUCUUCGGAGCGCCCCUUUUCAUCAAAACGACCAUGCCCAGAUGCCGUGGGACAAGUUCUUGGGCCGAGUUGGCCAGCCCGACACACCUCACUACGUCUUCUCCCCCUCCAAACUCCAACUCGCCAUCAAUAGCCACGCCCUAGGUUCGUUGGAAGCGGUCGCCCUCGAGAUCGACCACCUCGAGCCGGGCCACCCAUUCUACGCCGGCGACCAGACAAAGCUGUGUCGUCCGUCAUCCGACGCAGCGCCGCCGUUCCGCACCCGGCAGUGGUGGGAAUUUCGGCGCGGUGCCGAGGUGGCUGCGCUUCUGGAGCCGCUGCUCCAGCGGAUCCCCGCUGGUGACGCGCUGUGGAAGCGGUUCCUCGAUGCGUGGCUCUGCGCUGUCGCCUGGAGGCUGCGGAUCCCCAAGACGAGGCGGUGGCUGCCGAACAAGGCGUGUGAUUGGACGGUGGAGGAUUGGCCGCUGGUGGCCGGGGAGAAGCGGUUUGUCGAAGUCGAGGAGGUGGCGGGUGCGGUGGACUAUGUUGUGGCCUCUAGGACGCUGGGGAUGCUACAGGAUGGACGGCUGGUGUUGGCACCGAAUUUUGCCGAGGAGGGGGAUUCUGUGCAUAUCCUGGCCGGUUGUUCGAACACGGCGGUGCUGCAAAGGCGAGGGGAUGGCUCCAUGAUGUUCUUGGGGGAUUGCUACGUCCUGGGACUGGAGGAUGUUCUCGCUGAGGACGCUGGCUUAAGCUGGGACAGGAUAUUGAUAUAUUGA